AUGGCGAGCGAUGGAGACUUGCAAGGAAAGGCAGCUAGCGAUAGCAAAGAGCAAGGAAAAGCCGUCCUGAAAGGGUUCUUCACGAGGCAGCCUGCAAAGGCAGAUUGGCCGUCAGAUCCGGAGGAAGCUUGCAUAAAGCAUGCUUCGUUCUUGAAGCUGUGGUGCCCGAUGGGCUUUAGCAAACCGCAGUGUAGGGCCUCCUGGAAAGGCGCUUUUCCUCGCCUACCCGAAGGCGACAUGAAUGCCAUGAUAAAUGGUGUUGCGGAAGCCAGAAAAUGGCUGAAUCGCAAGCACCGGAACCAAAAGACGGGUGACAGAACUCACCUGAUCAUUCGGGAUCUCAUGGUGGCUCUGUUUGGGUCCGGUGGCAGCAGUCCGAAAGGACAAACGAGUACUUCCCGACGGAGCACCAGUCCGAGAGGACCAGCCGCCAAGAGCAGUACUGUGGAGUCCAGUCCGAGAGGACCAGCCGCCAAGAGCAGUGCUGUGGAGUCCGCAGAGGACUCGCAGACAAGCACUAAGGGCAGCCUGCGAAGGCUUAACACAAAGAGCCCCAUAAUCUUUGUGGAGCAGGCAGCAAAUGCCGUAGAUGCCGAUGCAGUCAGUGUCUCGAGCACGGCUAUCACAGCAUCCAGCAAGGGUGUGCUGGCGGUAGGUGUGCUGCUCCAGAAGAAGCCAGCGAUGGCAAAGAAAGCUGCAAAAGCCAAGCAGCCUGCAAAAGGCAAAGACAAGGUGCUGAAGAAGCCGAGCCUGAAGAAGGCUGUGCCGGCAGAUGGCACGAAGAAGGUAUGGCACGAGACCGUUUCUCACGGUCUCGUGAAAGUGACUAAAGCCUCGGUUAAGGCUUACAUCACGUUCAAAGCCAGCGAUGGCAAAGAAAAAUCCUUGGUCAACGUGAACCUUGGAAAAGGCGAGAAGCAGUCCAGAGUCAUGGACUUGCUGCUGCAGAAGCUCCAGACCGAAGAGGUCGACAGAGACUCCUUGCUGAAGUUCAAGGAGGAUCUGCUUAGCAGAGAGAGAGGAGAGCCUGCAAAGGCAGAAGCAGCAGAAGGAAAGCCUGCAAAGGCAAAGGCGGCAAAAGAAGAGCCUGCAAAGGCAGAGGCGGCAAAAGGAGAGCCUGCAAAGGCAGAGGCGGCAGAAGGAGAACCGGAAGAGGAGAGCCUGCAGAAGGCGAAGGACUGA